AUGGCGACCGAAGGUACCAAGAUCAAGGUUAAGAACCCAGUUGUGGAACUGGAUGGAGAUGAGAUGACUCGUAUCAUCUGGAAGGAGAUCAGAGAGAAGUUGAUCCUGCCUUACCUCGACAUUGAUCUUAAGUACUACGAUCUGGGCCUCGAAUACCGUGACCAGACCGAUGACCAGGUCACCGUUGAGGCCGCUGAGGCCAUCAAGAAGUAUGGUGUCGGUGUCAAGUGUGCCACCAUCACUCCCGAUGAGGCCCGUGUGGAGGAGUUCAAGUUAAAGAAGAUGUGGCUUUCCCCCAACGGAACCAUCAGAAACAUCCUCGGCGGAACUGUCUUCCGUGAACCCAUCGUCAUCCCCCGCAUCCCUCGUCUCGUACCCGGAUGGACCAAGCCUAUCAUCAUUGGUCGUCACGCAUUCGGCGACCAGUACCGUGCCACUGACCGUGUGAUUCCCGGUCCUGGCAAGCUUGAGCUGGUCUACACCCCCGUCGGAGGCGAGCCCGAGACCGUCAAGGUCUACGACUUCCAGGGCGGUGGUGUUACCCAGACUCAGUACAACACCGAUGAGUCCAUCGAAGGCUUUGCUCACGCCAGUUUCAAGAUGGCAUUGCUCAAGGGUCUGCCUCUUUACAUGAGCACCAAGAACACCAUCCUGAAGAGGUACGAUGGUCGCUUCAAGGAUAUCUUCCAGGAGCUCUACGAGACCACCUACAAGAAGGACUUCGAUGCCAAGAACAUUUGGUACGAGCACCGUCUGAUCGAUGAUAUGGUCGCUCAGAUGAUCAAGAGCGACGGCGGCUUCGUCAUGGCUCUCAAAAACUAUGAUGGCGAUGUUCAGUCGGAUAUCGUUGCCCAGGGCUUCGGCUCUCUGGGACUGAUGACCUCUACUCUGACCACUCCCAGCGGUGAAGCCUUCGAGUCCGAGGCUGCCCACGGUACAGUGACCCGCCACUACCGUGAGCACCAGAAGGGCCGUGAGACCUCGACCAACCCUAUUGCUUCUAUCUUCGCCUGGACCCGUGGUCUGGUUCAGCGCGGACAGCUCGACGAGACUCCCGACGUGGUUUCCUUCGCCGAGGAGUUGGAGCGUGCCUGUAUCGAAGUUGUGAACGAUGAGGGCAUCAUGACCAAGGACCUGGCUCUCGCUUGCGGUCGUAAGGAUCGUGAGGCGUGGGUCACCACCCGCGAGUACAUGGCCGCCGUUGAGCGGAGGUUGAAGUCCAACCUCAAGGCUAGACUUUGA